UCACAGUGCGAAAACGUAAACAUAGCGAAUCGCAAAGUUUAAGCGAGCGGUUGGAUUCAGCUCAAGCAGCGGAAGAAUACAAUAAAGUGAAUCAGAAUUGAAAUAAAGUAAAAACUAUACAUUUAGAAACGGUCAAAAAAUAAGUAAAUAAAAAACUAAAAUUUCGAACCUAACUUUCGAUAAUUUAAACAAUUUUAACCUAAAAAAGUUAACAAAGUUCGUGAAUUCAAAAGCCUUGAUGAAGGAAAGAAGCAAUAAUUUUACAAAAGAAAAUUGUGAAAAUAAAAGCUUAUACAAAAAUUAGAACGCUUAGAAAGUUUAACUCUGCCUUCGAGUGAACAACCAAAACCCAAAACCACACCUCCAGCUCCAGUUUGGCACUUCAAUCAGCAAUAUGAGGCGCUUAAUCGUUUUUGCCUUCCUACUGCUCAUUUCACAGUCACCAUUGCACUGUAACGCUGCCGCCAGCGGCGACACCCCGACCCAACGACCCAACAUUCUAUUGCCACACGCCGACAUCAAGAGCCGCAAAUUCCAAACUCAUUUCAUUGAUGAGCUCAACGCUUUGGUGGACACAGCCGCCGGCGAUCAUCUUAAUGGACUACUGCAGGAACUGCGCGCCAACAAAGACUAUGUCGCCUAUGUGUCACGCAUUGAGUCUGCCGCCAGCGCCACACAACUCAUGCCGAAAAUCGUCUACCUCAAGCAGCUGCUCGACCUCAAGUUGAACGAGCCGCCGCACAGCGUCGAGAGCUAUUACACCGUGCGCAAUCUAAACUUCCUCGGCAAAUUGAAGCGUCAAUUGUUGCAGCUGCAGGAGGAGAGCGCCACAGAGCUGCGUCAUCUACGCUGGUACAAUUUAUGCGGACAAUUUUGGUACCGCGACGUCCUGUCGAAUGGAACACAAACGGCGGAACACCAAGCCACACCGCGACCACCAGCGGCGACGCACUACUGGGCGAAUGUCAAGUUGGCGCCUUUGCGUGCCGAAACUGUAGUCGCCUCAACGACCGCAAUGGACGCAACGCCCUUGGCACAUAUCGAGCUCGAACGUUUCGCACGGCUGUUGUAUGCAAAUGUGAAGGCGGCCGGCGCGGAGUUAAUCGAUGAUUAUUUGUUCACCGUGCGCAAGCUGUUGCAGGAGGUCAUUGAAGAAAAGCACAUUGCGGCUAUGUCAUCGACGGAAAAUGAGGAGGGGAAGUUGGAGCCAUCCACUGCCGACUCGCAUACACUGCACGCCAGCAAGUUAAGCAAAGUGUUGACCGAGAUCGACACAAUACUUGCCAUUGAUGACUUCUAUGCGAAACGCAAUCGUUUAUACAGUUAUCUCGAAAAUGACCUCUCCACCGAUUACGAGCAAUUUAAGAACUCACAAUAUGCAAACGAAGACUUGGCCGAAAUGCUGGCGAAAUUGCAGCGCAAAGGCGUCGAUCUCUUUGUCACAUUCAUAUUCAGUAAUUUUGAGUUCCUCGAGCAUUUACACGACACGUGGCGCAAGCUAUUGCCACGGCCAACGAACGCGCACGAAACGCCACUGCAGUACGAUGCAUCAUCACAACGCCUCUUCGACGUGCAUCGCUUGUAUGUGGAGUUUAAGCGCGAUUGGGAGAAUAGCGAACGCUAUAACGCCUAUCAGGGCGUGGUGCAGGCCCUCUAUGCAGAAACGCGUAACGGCAGUGCGAACAUGCACAUUUUCGAGUUGCUCAACAAUGCAUCGGCGAAUGUGGGCACAGUCACGCUCAACAUGAUUAAGGCAAAGUGCGACGAGCUGUAAACGUGUGGGGAGUGGCAGAGUUAUGGUUAACAAAUAAUAUUUCUAGUAGUACAAAGGGAUUAAAUAUUUAGAUUUUAGUUAAGAUUUGUGGAGAAUAUGUUUUUUAUUCCAAAUUUUAUGAACUUAAUGAAUUAUAUUUUUUUUAUAGUAUCUUAACACUCGAUGAUCGCAUACGAUUUUAUGAUACAGUGGGUAUACAAUUUAAAAAAUAAAUGAUCAGAGAACACAAAACUCAAAGAA